GGACCACUCAGCGGUACACCAGAGGGGUAUCAUGACUAUUUAUAACCAGCAAUUCUCAGUUAUCAAUUUUUCAGCCGCUACGCCGUAUUGUCGUCGGUUGUAACGCCGCGCCGAGAGACAACAACAAGCCGUGUCGAGCAGGAUGUAAACGGAAGCUGACAUAUUUGGCAAGCUGAGGGAGUCCUCAUCAGAUCAUCUUCAUCUCAGCCUCCGAGCCAAACAAUGACUACGUGUUGUUGUCAAGGUCUUACCGUGUGAGGUGAGCUGUGACUGUCCCCCCUUUCUCGUCUCUCCGUGCACCUGCAUGUACCGUGGGCAGCCCCGGCCUGUUGGAGAGGCACCGUGCUCAGAGACUGUGCUGCACUAGGAGAACCCAUGGCUUCUGGCCUUCAAUUUUAUUCUCUCGACCGCAGGCUCAGGCUGCUGGAGUUGCUGCUCGGACCUCUGUUGGUCUUGCUGAUUUCUGGGCUGGUACCUGCACAGGGUCAGAAGGUGUACACCAACACAUGGGCUGUUCACAUAACUGGAGGUCAGGAGGAAGCUGAUCGUGUCGCCAAUAAACAUGGGUUCAUUAACUUUGGACAUGUUUUCGGUGAUUAUUAUCACUUCCGGCAUCGUACAGUGUUUAAGAGAUCGCUGUCAGAGCACAGGGGGACACAAGUUCGUCUGGAUAAAGAUCCCAAGGUGACUUGGGCGGAGCAACAGGUGUCAAAGCGGAGGAAAAAGAGGGACGUCUACGUGGAACCUUUGGAUCCUAAAUUCAGAGACCAGUGGUACCUGUAUAAUGGAAACCACCGUGACCUGAAUGCCAAAGCUGCAUGGCAAUUGGGCUACACAGGUAAAGGUGUGGUGGUGUCAAUCCUGGAUGAUGGAAUAGAGAAGAACCAUCCAGACCUGAAGCAGAACUAUGACCCAGAUGCAAGCUACGAUGUGAACGAUGGAGACCCAGAUCCACAGCCUCGAUACACACAGCUUAAUGACAACAGGCAUGGAACAAGAUGUGCAGGAGAAGUGGCAGCAGAGGCCAACAAUGCGUUCUGUGGAGUUGGCGUAGCCUACAACGCCAAGAUUGGAGGUGUUCGCAUGCUGGAUGGUGAGGUGACCGACAUGGUGGAAGCUCAGUCCCUCAGCCUGAACCCCCAGCACAUCGACAUCUAUAGCGCCAGCUGGGGCCCAGAGGACGACGGCAAAACCGUGGAUGGACCUGCCAAACUUGCCAAAGAAGCCUUUCUGCGUGGAGUGACAGAGGGUCGAGGUGGUUUGGGCUCCAUCUUUGUGUGGGCCUCUGGGAACGGGGGUAGAGAGAAGGACAGCUGUAACUGUGAUGGCUACACCAACAGUAUCUACACCCUGUCCAUCAGCAGCUCCACUCAGAAUGGCAAUGUGCCCUGGUACAGCGAGGCCUGCUCCUCCACCCUGGCCACCACCUACAGCUCGGGGAACCUCAACGAGAAGCAGAUAGUGACUACAGACCUCAAAUCAAAAUGCACAGACUCCCACACAGGCACCUCUGCCUCUGCCCCGCUAGCUGCUGGGAUCAUCGCUCUCGCCCUCGAGGCCAAUAAAAACCUCACCUGGAGGGACAUGCAACAUCUGGUUGUACAAACUUCUCACCCUACCCACCUGCUCACCAACGACUGGAGGACCAAUGGGGUCGGCCGCAAAGUUAGUCACUCUUAUGGAUACGGUCUGCUUGAUGCCAGAGCAAUUGUAUCUCUGGCAAAGGUGUGGACAAGUGUGGGGCCACAGAGGAAGUGUGUGAUCUCCAUGGUCUGUGACCCAAGGAACAUCGGCGUCCAUUUAUACAUAAACAAGAGUGUGGACGCAUGCUUUGGUACAGACAGUCAUGUGACAUCGCUUGAGCACGUCCAAGCCCGCCUCACCCUGUCCUACAACCGGAGAGGAAACCUGGCGAUCCACCUCAUUAGUCCUGCAGGCACACGCUCCACGCUGCUCCACCCCAGGCCUCAUGACUACUCCUCAGAGGGCUUUAAUGACUGGGCAUUCAUGACCACCCAUUCCUGGGACGAGAACCCAACAGGGGCGUGGGCACUAGAAAUUGAAAAUGUGGCCGGCACUGGGGAUUAUGGCACUUUGACCCAGUUCAUCCUGGUGCUGUACGGCACCGGCUCGGCAGCCUCCAGCUCUUCUGAGAAGGCUCAGCCCGGUGACAGUAGCUGUAAGACUUUGGACCUGAGGCAGAUAUGCAUCGAGUGCAACACGGGCUACUACCUCUUUCAGGAGGGCUGUGUGAAAGAAUGUCCUGCAGGCUUCUCAGUGGGGUCGAAGCCCCUCAACUACACCGUGGGAAACUCCAUAGCACCAGCGUCCGUCCCCGCAUGCCUGCCCUGCCUGUCGCCCUGCCUCACCUGCAGUAGCCUCAGCAGUCAGGCCUGCCUGUCAUGCCCCCCUCACAGGUCGCUGGACCCCAUCAGCGGCACCUGCACACACCUCAACCAGUUCAUGCGCGAGACCCCUGGCAGCAUCAUGGUGGGUCAGGGGGACUUGGAAUCUCAGCUCGAGCUCAGCUCCCGGCUGCCCAUCACCAUCGCCGUGCUCAGCUGCAUGGCCAUCAUCGCCACCUUCGCCGGCGUCUUCCUGAUGCUGCAGCUCCGCUCUGGCGCCAUCAUCAAGCUGCCCUCCCUGGAAGCCGGCAGUGGCCUCGGGGCCGGCUUUAGCCUCGGGGGGAACAGGGUAGUGUCGUACCGUGGCAUCCCGACAGUGUGGGGGGAUGAGGGGGUAAACACAGACUCUGAAAAUGAAGAGUUUGACGUCCACAACGAGAGGACUGCCUUUAUCAAAACACAAAGUGCUCUUUAAUGCCUCCAACACAUCCCUCCUCCCAACCUGCUUUUAAAACCCCUCUCCCUCUUUGGGCUGAAGAUUCAGGGUUGUGGUUUCUGUCCUCUGGCUCUGGUUUUAUCUCUCAUUCUUUUUCAACGUCUGUCUUUAUGUUACUGGAAUUUCAUUUGAGUCCUGCUUCAGGAUCUCGUCCUCAGCUCUACAGAGAGAGACUCAUCGGGAAGCAGCUGUCUCUCAGAGCUCGGGAUGGCCCCGGCUUUGCUCUGUUCACACUUGGUCGCACUUCUAUUAAAACCGGCUCUCUCCCUCCUCUUGCCCUCAAUCACUAACAGUGUCCGUCUGUGCUGAGUCCAUUUUCCCCUCCAGCUCCGUCUCCUUUUUGUUACAGUAAACAACAGAUUAUUAUUUGCUUUCUUCCUCUUUUAUCCUGCUUUCCAUCAGUCUCAGUGCAGUAGCCAGACGAGAUUGUUGAAUGUGAGGAGUUGAACGUGUGUUUGUGUGAGUGUGUAAAUCUGAUGCAGUGUAGUGCCCUUUAUAGAGAAACUAAAGCCAGCCCUGUCACAUUUAAUGCUGAAGUGAUAACAAAAACUUGUAAUAUGAGGCAUUAAAUCGGAUUAGGAGACACUGAUUCUCUCUGAAGGGUUGUUUAGUGACAUCAGUGUCUAAAUCUUUCCAUGAAAAGCUCUAAUAAUCUGAAGUUGAAGAGAAAUUUUGGAAAUGCACAAAUCAGAAGCAUAACAGUUGUCAGACUGUUGGUGACUAAUAGCAUCUCACCAAAGCAGUCUGAGAGCUCUUUUAGAUGAAAUCUUUCAUAUUAACUUAGAAACAACAUUUAUCUCUCACUCAGUCAUGUUUUAAAUCCAUAGCUGUAGAUCUCUCUGCGAUGGGGGCUUCAGUUCUCCUUUUGUACACAAAAUCUGCACAGAUCUCUCUCAGCUCUGGCCAAACAAACGGUGAGUCACACAUCCAGUGAAGCUUCCUCCAGCCGUUUGAGAUUUACUCCCAGAAACUCUAAAUUCAUCUGCCCCCAUAACCUCCAAACCAUCAGAGGAGGAGAUCAAAAAAAAAAUCUGAUAAAUUUAAAGGAAAAGGGAAAAAAGGCUACUCCAUCAAGCCUGAGGCACCUUCCCUCCCAGGGCUAUUUGUGUGAAGUGCUCACAUCCCGGAGCUGAUGGAACAAAAUGUGGCUAAAGGGAACAUGAGCCUCUUCUUAAAGCAGCUGUGCAGACCCUGUUACAACAAAUCGAUGCUUUCCUUUUUUUUUUUUUGUCAGAGCAAAUUAGCACUACAAGAGCUUAUUACACAUGCCUCAUAUCAUUUAAAAAUUUGCAAAUGUAUGUGUGUUACUGCUAAAGAAACCAGAAAUCUUGAUCUGCCCUCUAAACUUAAGAUUUCCUCUCCUCCUUCAUCUCUUUCACAAAUCUUAAAUACCCUUCAGAAAAUGCUGCAUGAGACUGCUGUCUUUAGUGUCUCUGCUCUUUCCCUCCAGUCUUCUAAUCUGAAUUUCAGAUUACGUCUUCAGCGUACGCGCCUAUUAAUUAUAUUCAAAGUGAGAGUGCAGCCACUAUUUAUUCUGAGAGAUUUUAAUCAUACCUUAAGGGGAGAUUGUUUUAAAGUGAUUUUUCUCCUGGGCUGGUUAUCGUUAAAUAUGCAUCUCCUGAUUCAAUCCAGAGAAGAUAUUCUGAAUCCGUUGUUCACUCUAUCUCUUUUUUUGAUUGUUGAUUUUUUUUUUUUCCAGAAGUAAAACAGUGGAGCUUGCUGAGAGAGGUUGUCAUGGCGAUGACAUGCAUACAAAACUGCAGCUGCUCAUCCUUUUAUCUACCUCUCAUAUCAUUCAGCGAGGUUCAUGUGCUGUAAUAGGAGCUGUUCAAUGAUUAUUAUAUAUAGGUCACAUAUGGAAUCGCUUCUCAUGAAAGGUUUAGGAAUCAAAUUUAUGUUUUAGAGAGCAACGGCAUUUCCGAAAGUGUAAAUCCUCAUCUUUUAAACCCACUAUCUCCCUUCAAAUAUAUGGCCUUUAGGAUCAGCAUCAAUACGCUGUCACACCUAGGCUUUAAAAUCUGUUGUUGAAACUAGAAGGGGUGAGAGGAUCAUAGAUGCUGCGUUUAAGUGCUAAAAUUGUGGGGCACUUGAUUUACUCUGUUUCUAGGCGGCUCCAUUAAGAGAAAAAAAGGUUUUUGUUCUUAUUUUUAUGACAAUCAAACAUUUACCAUGGAUUGAGGCUGAGAAAUGUGCACAAGCAAACAAAAUAAUGAUGAUUUAACCUUCUCAGAAGGUAUGGUUUCAUAAAUAUUCAAAACUGAAUGUGAUUUAAAUUGCUAAACAGAGAAAGUUAACUGGAAAAUGACACGAAAACAAGAGAUUCUAUCUAAUAUGAGCCAACAUCCUUUAAAAAAAUAAGGAGGAUUUUUAUGAAUGCUCUCAAUCACAGCACCAAGCCAGAAAGCCUGAUUUAUCUCAAGCAAUCUGUGCAGGUGCAGCAAAUUUGGCUCAUUAUGGCAGUUUCAGUUUCAGGAAGAACUAAACAGUUUUGGAAACCCAGCAGAGAAAGAGGAUUUUAGAGGAAGUGCUCUCCAAAGGAGAGAAGCUAAUGUGGCUGCAGAGUAAUGAGUGUGUGCUGCAUCCCUCUGUGUGAUGUACAUUAGUGCCUACUGCCAUUUAGGCUAUUAUUAGCCUCAGUUUAAGGAGGACGCUAAUCUAAAAAAAAUGUAAUAACUACAGCCUCACACUUGACUCCUUAUUGACUUCCCAGCAUGGCGUGAAGUGUGUAAACAACAGAUUAGGGGCUAAUGCGGCACCAAAAUUGCUUCCAUACACUUAAAUUUUAAUGCUCAGCUAGCUUUUUUUAAAAUCAGAACUAUAAUAUGGGACUCGUUUAUUUAUGCUUAGUCAUGUCUGCAUUUUCAAAUGUCCAUCUUUCCUUCCAGAUUCAUAUUGCUUCCUGAAAGACUAAAGCUGCCCCUAAAGUGAAACGUUUUGGGGUGUUUAUUCAACUUUCUGCUGCCCCUUGAGUGCACACACAAAAUGAUUUAUUCAUUUUGGCUUCAUGUCUUAUCCACUACAGCCUGAAAACUCAAAAGUUUAAACUGAUUAACUCAGAGCUUUGUGCAUUCAUGUGUUCAACUUUUAAGAAAGCGUGAAUGCGGGCAGCAUUAAGUAGCUCAUGCUGCUACAGCACGGUGAGCUGAUGAAAAACCAUUAGCAGCAUGCAGCUCAUUCUUACAGCAAAGUUUCGAUGGAAACGACACACUAAAAAAAAGGGAGAGGUUCUCUGUGCCAGGAUGCUUAUAAUUAAAACUCUACCACUUCACUGGCACCAAAAUGUGAAGCCUCACCAUGAAAAUAACAAGAAUGUUACAGAAAAAUCUGCGAACCAUCUCUUUUCAUGAUAAAAAGUCACUCAUGAUGAUGAUUGGAGGCUUUUCCUUUAUUCAGCUGAAUUAUUUGAAGCUUGAUGUUGCUUCAUUCCUGCCUUAGGAUGUAGUGAUCAAUAUGAAGUUGGAUGGAGUAAAUAGGAGCAAUAUCUUUGGCAUAACCAAAGACAAUCAUUUAAUGCUGUCUGUUUAGCAUUACAACAUGUUGCUUUCAGGUUUUCACAGUCCAUCGAGCCCUUCAUGUGUGUUCAGAGUGUUUCAUUGAUAUGCUUCUGUCAUAUCUGCCUUUUUUUAAAGACCUGCAGCGACAGCCUGUAUGUUCAGCAGCUGUGGAGGGGGGCGCUAGAAUGUAUCCCAUCUCCAUUAACUAAAGGGCUGAAUCAGAUCUGCGUGUGCACAUGCUUGUUUGAGUCUAAAUGAAACACUUUGUGAUGGUGUGGGCGAGGUCGGUCACUCUCUUGACCUUCUGUCGCCUCUCGUUUGAGGUUCCCGGCCUGUGGCUGCACACAGUACCUUAUAGAUUUGUGACCUAUGAAUAAUGUACAAGAAUGACUAUCUUACAUGGGACAAACUCUAAAAUAAGGCCUAUUUUUGUACUAUAUGAAUGGUGCAGUGUAAUUUUCUUGUAAUUUAAAGAUUUUUUUGCUCUUGUUUUUUUUCUCCUUUUUAUUUAAUUGAUGUCAAUUAUAGAUUCUACUAAAAAUAAAGAUCUAUGCAAA